UUUUCUUUGUUUAACUUAUUAAUAAAUUAUUUGAGUUGUGACAAAAAAAAGUAAAUACAAAAAAUACCAUUAAUAAUUCUUUGAAGUGGAAGUGAAUUUUGAAGCCAAAAGUGUUUUUGGUUUGAAGUUGAAAAAUUACUUUUCUUUUGAAUUUGGAAUACUUAGUAGCUGCAAUAGAGCCGCCUAUGUAUGUAGGUACAAUUGGAUUAUUUUCAAAUUGGAGAAAGUUCAUAAUCAGGAAGUUAUUUCCAUUAACAUCAUCGAUCAUAAGCUCCGCACAGACAAAGGAUAAAAUCUCUGUGUUGUGAAUAAGCGUCACCUGUCAUCAAUGUCCGCAACAAAGACACCAUCUUAACCACAGCCAACAACCAAUCAUAAUAAUCUUUCGUUUAGUUAUUGACACAAACCGAAAGAGAAAACAAAGAAAAACAAGAUGGAUGACUAUAUAACAGUGGUUGAAGUCGACGAUCCGACUUCCAAAGACACAAACCACUCGGGGCGCCACCAACCAGUCAAACGGAAUAACUCCAUUCAAGAUUCAUCGUUUAUAACAGUUUUAUCGAUAAACGAUGUACCGCCACCAUCAUUGACACAAACCACAUCUGUUAUACAUACAAAUGCUGCAACCGAUAACAAUCGAUUAAAAGAAAAUAAUAACAAUAAUAAUAAUUCUGAUAUCGAAACUGUGCUAGUUUAUCGAUUGCCAGGUGAGCGUCUGGGAUUUGGUUUGAAAUUCCAGGGAGGAACAAGAAGCAGCGAGCGGGUGCAACGUUUGUUUAUACAAUCAUGUGCCAAGGAUAGUCCUGCUUCGCGGGUGGAGGCUAGUUGGGGCAAUCUUCGGGAAGGAGAUGAGAUUGUUUCCAUCGAUGGCAAGGCCGUUUGUGAGAUGACGCGUAUUGAUUGCGUGCGAUGUUUGAAAGACAACGUUGCCAUUAAGCUAAUUGUUCGGAAUGGUUACGGUCAACUGCCAACGGGUGAUGGGAGUGGAGAAGAUGAGUCCAGGAGUACAAAAAUGAGUCCACCUCCUCCGCCACCGGUGCCGCCAAGAAAGUUGGUCAAACGGCGACAGAUGAAAGAUGGCAAGAAUGCCAAUGUGGAUGAGAAGUCAUUCACCCCACCACCAGAUGCCGAAUAUUACAUAAAUCUGUUCUCGGAUGAGAACAACUUGAGGGCCGCAGGCUCAGAAAGCGAUGACACCGCUAGUACAAUUUCAACCAUAUCCACUGUAAUCGAUAAAUUUUCGAUAGGAUCUAACUACUCGUCUGAGACGGAUCUGUCUAGCUUUGCCAGCAUGAACGGAAAUACGGUUUUAAAUAAAGCAGAACUUGCCAAAGUGCUGAAACCGUUUACAAUGCUCGAGAAGGAGUUUAAAAUUGGCGAACCAGUUACGAAGCACGCCGAUGAUGGCGGAAAGAAGACUCCAACUCCAGCACCACCACCUCCUCUAGCCAACAACUAUGAAAACAUUGAUGUAAAAGUUGAGAAAUUAAAUGUUUAUGAAAAUGUUGAGAUACCACCUCCAAGUGAUUCUACAGAUGGAGUUGAGAAGAACACUACUCCAAUUCCCAAGCCGAGACCCAGACAAAUACCUGUCGUCGAGCCAAAGAAACGUUCGAUUUUACCAACACCAAGAAAGUUCAAUGGAGUAAAGCUGGAAGUUCAGGAAACUGUGGAGUCUCCAAAGUCAGAAGAUUCAAAGUUGAUGACGAAAAUUCCCAAAGCUAUAGCAGCUGUCUUUGGAUCCUCAUCUUCGCCAAAAGUAUCAAUGGAACGUUCAAAAACCGAGAGCGAACUAAGAUUGAAUCAUCAACAUUCAAGAAGUACCUCGGAUUUGAGGAAGCAAUGUGAGCGUUUCAUUCAGUCCGAGGUCAAAAGUUCACAAGAAAAUCUUGCUGUGGAGAAGCCAUCGACAGCAUCUGAAGAUGGUAAAGCGGGAAAAUCGAAGAUUCCCGUGGUCUUAUCACCAAGGAGAUCAAUUGAAAUGGAGACUCCACCUAAGAUCGAGACAAUUCUUAUCAAACCACGAACAAUGAUACAGAAACAGAAGUCGGAAACUGAUCUAAAACUGACUUCAUAUCGUCCAAAAGACCAACGUCCCACGAAUUUGCCCAUAUUGAAAGCCAAUAGUCCUGCUAAGCCGACGCUUCAGCGAUCAAAUUCUGCAGAUUAUAAAGAGAAGGAGAAUUCAUCUUCACUUAAAUCUCCAGAAAGAACAUUGAUUCCAGUUUUGAAUCAAUCAUCACCAUCAUCAGAGGUAGGAUCUCCCACCAAAGUCAAGGGACCCAAGCCAAAGCCACCAGAGAGAGUUCAAUCCUUGGCCAAGACGCAUAUACCAAAGCUGCAUGCAGCUGGAAGCCAAGUCACUCCUCCAAACAGUACAACACAGCUGAUUUUGAAUACGGUGGAACCGACAAUGAUCCCAGUGACACCACCCACACCCACAAUGCAAACAUUCAAGCAAUCUUCUCCUCCUGUCAAGGCAGUUUCACCACCUCAGAAUCGGGAGAUCAAAUUCAAGAUACAAACUUACGAAAGCAGUCAGCUGGAGAAGGAUAAGGAGCGCGAAAAGAAUCCCUUCGCCGAUAUCAAUAGCAACGACGAAACAGCUAUGCCAAGUUUGUUCGAUUUGGUGCGAAAAAAUAGUCCAUCAAGCCCGAGGAAAAAAGAAGAACCUUCGCAACCACCAAAUGUUACCAAACCAUCAACACCACCAUCACCGGUAUCAUCAUCAACAGUUGAGGAUUCAAAAAACUUAAUUAAGAACCCGGAAAGCCCGGUCAUAGUAAAAAAGUGCAUCAAGAUCACUGACGAACAGCCCCAGGCGGACACAUAUUAUUCGUCAAGUUCGAGUGGCAGCAGUGAUGACGAUGAAGAAGAAGAUGGAUGUGGUGAUGAGAAGGAGUAUGAAAUUGAAGAUGGUGAGAAGUUGGGACCUCCAGAAUUGGUUAAUGGCCCAGGACCAUCGGAGGCUUAUUUCAAUAUGUAUUGGCAUUCAAAUAUGUUGCCGACUAUUGGCGAGGUGGAGGAGGAGUUCUCUUCACUGGAACUGCCUCAGGUGUCGAAUGGGCCCAUUGUAAUUGUUAACGAUGUCAUACAAAACCAACACCAGCAACAACAACAACCGAACCACUACCACCAGUAUAAUGAGAACUCAAACAAACAAAAGAAACCCCCAUCUAUAGCUGAGAUAACAGCUAAUUUCAUUAAAGCUGAAGCAAUAAAUGCCACAAAAAAUAACGAUGAUAACAAUCCGAAGUCUAUUUCCACUGUCUCUCCCGAUUCUACCCUCACAUUGCCUAACGAAAUUGAUACCACUACCACCAGCAGCAGCACCGGCAGCGCUGUUAAAGCCGCUUCUACUAUCAGCCAAAACAAGAGAAAUGAAAAUCAAACAACUGAAGCACCACCCCCUGCUGCUGCUGCUCCUGCUGCUGCUAUUGACUCUGUCAUCAAAGAAACAACGAAAAACACUGACAGUGAAAAUGCAGGUGAUAAGAUAAACGAUAUUGAUUCGUUGACAGCAACAAAAACAGCAACAACCACACCACCAGUUUCAGAAGAUACAACAACAAGUGUUCCAGCACAAGCGAAAGAAUGCGAAACUAGCAAAAGCGAUACAAACGAAGGCAACGACAGCACUGACACAAAUGUCAUUGAAACAAACGCCAACACUCUUAUCGCACAAAAAACCCAAAUCCACCCACAACAGGUAGACACAACUAAUUGCUCUGAUAACGGAAUUAGUACUCGUGAUAGUUCCGUAAGCAAAGGUGUAUCCGAAGCAUCUCCGUCGUUAUCGCCGCCGCCGCCGGAAGAAAAUAAAACCGAUAUGAAUGAUAAUUAUGACAGCCAACUGAUAGUGGCUCGAACCAUUACAAAAACCGUUAGAACCUUUAGAACUGUCAAAUCAAGUAAAACAGUGGAGAGUUAUGAGGAGAUCGAUGGCUAUGAUUCAGAUACUCCCGAAAUAAGCGUUGUUAAUAAGAGUGAAAGAAGUGAGCAAUCUUCUAGCACUAGCAGCAGCAGAUGUGUAAAGAUGUUCGAAGAAGCUAAUUUUCCAGAUGAUUUCAGCCAUAGUUCAAUCAUGGAACCAUUAAGUACAGUUGCUUCGAUGGAGGAGACUUUCAAGAGUGAUAAGGUAUCCAGUACACAAACCAUUGAACGAAGAGAUGACAAGGAACAUGUUCAUCAAUCGGUUGAGUGUCACUCCGAACAAGCUGCUGUCAAGGCUUCGAUAAAGGAAUCUUCAACGUCAAACAGUCCAAAUAAAGACGGAAUAACUGUUAGAGUUUCAACUGAGACAAGGCUUAUGGAAGUUGGUAAGGGUGGUGGUGAAGGUGAAGAUGAUGAAGGUAGUUCCGAUGAUAGGCAAAGUAUUUUAACUGGUAUUUUGAGUUUAUCAGAAAGUGGAAGUCAAACGAAAGAAACUUCCAAUAAAAUUGAAGUUAUCGAAUGUAAACAUGAGAAACAAGAAGGUUUUCGUGAAAUUGAUUUGGUCCAGGAUUUGAAAAAAGAAGGAGUUAGUUCUGAGAAUAAGAAUACGUUAAAAGCUGCUGAUGAAAGUAAUGAGAAAUUCGACAAAAAAGUUACAGAAGAGAAACAAGAAAAAGCUGAAGUUCCUGAAGAGAAAGUUGAAGCAAUUCUUCAACCAGCAAAAGAAGAUUUGAUGGUUGAAAAUAUUCAAAAGAAAACUGAAACAGCUGAAGCUAAAACUGAAGAUGAGAAAUUGAUCGAAACUCUCAAGGAAAUUGAGAACGAAGUUGUGUUUGAAAAAUGUAAGCUCAAUGAAAAAUCAUCUAAGACUCUUGAGACAAGAGAAGUGGAAUUGAUUUCAAAGGUUUCUGAAUCUGUUGGAUCGACAGAAGCAGGAGUACCAGAAGAAGAUAACACAGUAACUUUCGAAAAAUGUAAGUUGAAAGCUCAAAUACCGAAUGUGUCUUUGGAAACAGCUACUGAAAGCUUACCAGAGACUCUUAAAGCAGAACAAAAAGCUAACAAAAUAACUAAUAACGAUGAUGACGUUAUGCAAGUUACUGAAAUACAAAAAUCUGAAAAGCCAAAAGAAGUUGAAAAACUAAUUUCAGAAAAUCAGUUAUUGAAAGAAAAUCAUUCUUCAUCUGAGUCAUCUGUUGAAGAUGCUCCAGAAUCGAAUGAAGUGAAACCAAUAGAAACUGAAAAUGUUUUCAUUGAAGAAAUUCAAACAAAAACUGAAUCAUCAACAAGUGAAGUUAAAGACUUUGAAGAGAUCUUCAAUAAUCCUGAUCCAGCUCCAUUGUAUGUUCUACGAAAGAAUAUUAUUCACUGCGAUCCACCAAAAGAAGAUGAUAAAACAAAUAAAACAGUUUCAAUGUUGACUGAUACUGGAGAAGAUGUUUCGAAAAAUAAUGAUUCAGCUGAGAAAUCUUCGAAGAAAAGUGAACCAAUACAAAUCGCAUCUUCAGAAGGUAAACAAAAACAAGAAAAUUCUAAAGUGGAGGAUUCUAAAUGCGAUGAGACUUUUGAAAACGUUGCAAAGAAGAUCGAAGAAGACUUGUCUUCAAAGAGAAGUAAUAAUCUGAAAUCUAGUUCUGAAACCAACGAACUAGAGCCUAUUUCAAAACCUGCAGUUCCAAAAGAGUCUUUAAUUUCCAAAGAACUCCCCGAGGAUAAAAAACAAAUGUCUGUAAAUGAUAUUCAAGUUGAGAAUAUAUCUGAAGUUGAAGUUUCGUCUAAAAUUGAACUUAAGAAAGAAUUGCCUAUUGCCAGUUCUACACCUAUUAAAAAUACAUCAGAACCAAAAAUGACCAAAAAGGAUCAAUCCAAGUUUGGUUCUAAACAAAUUGAUGAGAUUGUUAUAGAUCAAGAACUUACAGCACCAAAAACUCAACCUGAAGUAAAACCUAGAAAAUCGACUUCAACUCCUAUCAAAGAUCGGGAUCAAGUUGAAACCUCAAAACCUGAAACUAAAAAAAUCGACUCCGUUGCACCUAAGGACCAAAAGAAAACCAAAACUGAAACCGAGUCAAAGACUUCACAUAAAAUUGAAGCAAAACCUCGUGAGUGUACUGCUAAAAUAAUUGAUGUCAUGAAGAAGACUCCAAUCAAGACUUCAUCACCACCAACUCCAACUUCAACUUCUACUCCAACUGAAGUGCGUACUGAACCAAAUGGAUUAGAAUGUAAGACAACAAUGCCCACAGCUUCGACUUCAGUUGCAGUUGCAGCUGCAUCUACAUCUGUCAACACCGUCAAUUCCGCCUCCGCCGGUACCGCUGCUGCUACUAUGUCAAUGACAACUCCAUCAACUAAACCAAAACCAAUGGAACGUAUAAUCUUAGGUGUUGAACACAAUCCUGACGGACAUGCAAAAUCUUCGAACGAAUUUCAAUCAAAAGUGAAAACCACUACAAAGAAUACGACUGCGAUGACGACUACUAGUGAAAGUCAAGCUGGUCCAGAGGCGUCAAAGUCAUCAACGUCAACAGGACCAUCAUCAGCAUUAUCAUUGGAAUCAACAUUAACACCGAAAAGAACAACAACAACUUCACCAGCAUCAUUAGUAAAUUCAACAUCAUCAUCAUCUCUGUCAUCAUCAUCAUCGUCAACAACUUCUGGAUGUCCAGGUGAUGUCAACGAAGAGAAAGGUUUAUUAACCCACUACGAGGACAAUCAAGAUCUUGAUAAACAAAUCACUCCACAAAUCAUGAAAAUGGACAGCAACAGUAUACAAAUAGUUCCUCCGCCUUUGAAUGUGAACGAUUAUCUAACAUUAAGUUCACCUCCAACUUAUUCCCGCCUGCCACCCGAUGGUCAUGAAUUUCCUCCAAAUUUCUCAGAACCAUUGAUAAUGCCAGCGGCGAAUUUACUUAAAGCCACCCUCCUAACAUCGAUGACCACUACAACCACAAUGACGGGCACAAACACAAGUAGUACAGUUUAUACAGAAAAACUCAUAACACGAACACAAACCUCCACGACAUCGUCGACGUCGUCAAGUUCGCCACCAGUGCUGGAGGAUCAGCAUUCACAGCAUCCUCAGAAAAAGAUGAUCGGCAAUGGUGAUGAUCAGAGACCGCCAUUGCCGAAGUCAGGGCCCCCGGCAACAGUUCCUAGGAAAGUCUAUCGCCAGGACUUGGUUAUCAGUGUUGAUGACACACGGCCCGAUAAGGAGGAAAAGAAAUACAUCCACGUUGACACAACUCCUCCGAGUCCACCUGCGGUCUCUGUUAAGACAGCCUAUGAGAACCGCCUACAGAAGACCCCAUCAACUCCACCUUCGACUCCGUUUGAUCCCUUGGAAUACAAGAGGCCAUUCAGCACUGGUCGCAAACUCAGCGAUUGGAGGAAGGAUGAAAAGUCUGAAAAGAGUGUCCGUGAUAAGAUCGCGAUGUUCUCCAACGAUGAUCAAGAGCGAUCAAGUAGCACAAGCAAUUCGAGCUUCACAUCAAGAUCAGGGAAGCCGCUCAAUUUAAGCACAGAAAAUCUUCUGGAUUCGGGAAGUCGAUAUAGCCAAACCCCUCCACUUACCAAACGAGCCAUGAGUGUGGAGAACCUUAACGACGUUAGCCGCAACUACACACGCACAAAUUCACAUAACCUUUCAGACUCUAUGUACUCCCUGAACACAAUUAACACUGACUACAAUCAAAACUAUGCCUCCCUGCCACGUCGUCAUGUGCCUCAUCUGGAGAGACGUAUCAGUUUCUCCGGACAGCCAUAUGCCCCAGACGAGGCUACUCGCAAGGCUGCCAUAACGAAUAUAUUGGAGCAACGACGUCGCUCAAUGUCCAAGCUGAGAGGCCUGGUCAUUCCCGAGAGACCCCAAAUCCCAAUGUCCAACCUUGAACCAAUCCUAGACUUGCCAGAGAUUAAGAGUAGAGACAGUGAAAAGGUUAAACUUAAUGGCAACGAUUUAUCUCUUCCAAAUUCAGGUGCUGCGCCCAAGGCGACCAAACGCACAGAGUUAGGCUCGAGUCCGGCCUUGAGACCACUUACAGUGACCACAGGCAAUAAUUCAGCUAAUAAUAUGUCGAACAACUACAAGAGCAUCUUCAGUAAUGGUAGCCAUCGCCUAUCGAACAAUAUCAAUCCCAGGAAGGCAGAAAGCCCAGUCCAGCCACCAGCUAAGCCUCCAAGGACAUCCCUGUCGAUCAGUAAACAAACCCAGCCAGAGGAGAGUGAUAGUGACUCGGUGUUCAGUUCGAAGAUCUCUUCACCACCGAUGUCGCCAUGUGUCUCAGUUGUCCCGGAGAAGUUCGCUCUCACAAGAACUCUCAGUUCUGAAACAAACACAUCGAUUGCAAGUUCCACAGCUUCCACACUGACCUCGGGCUCGGGAUCCCAGGCCAGCUGCAGCUCUGUUGGUAGCACUCCAACCGUAGAUAUGUCACGGAGAGUUUUGAAGUCCGGUUCUGGAGACUCUGCAUCAAACCGCAAGAACGUCCUUGCUUCUGCUAAGUGCCGCAGUGGUCGAGAUGAUUCAUCUGCGCUGGUUCGAAACCGGCGUUACGAAGACGAGGACAGCACCGAUGGCUAUGAUGAGGAAGAGGUCCGCCGGGCCCCAAAAUCAAAACCACGUUCCACUAUGAUAGUGGCAAACAAAGUGCUUCCUGUCAGCGCUCCAAUCAACUAUAAACUCGUCUCAUCCAAGGACGAUAGUUUGGUUGACAAGGUCAUAAACGUUGCUGCUUAUGUUGAAGUGACUUCGGACACCGACGACAGCAGUCGGAAGUCAGAUUCGUCUCCCUCAAAGGUCAGUGCCAUUUUCAUUGAUGAAGAGCGCAAAGCCAGCUUCAAGGCCGAUCCAAAUCAAAAAGCCACCACCAAGAGAAGACCUUCUCCUCCCCCUGUUUUGACUCCAGCAGUCAAAAAGUUCUCCGACAAUACAGACAUGGCCAACUGGGUGAAGAAGGAAGCCGCCAAAGCUAAAGUUGAGAGCAUGAGGAAAUCAUCAGAAGCCAUCAGCAAGACUUCAGCAACUAUUGAACCCAUAAAGACUUCAUGUUUGUCAUCGUCGGCAGCCAAGAAUAAGAUUUCCACAGCUGAAAUUCGUGAGAGAUUCGAACAGCGUUCAAUGACCCAAACUUCGACCCUCUCGUCACCACCUAUCACAACAUCGUCGUGCUUUGGAAAAUCCUCAUCGCCCAAGGAAAAGUCCAGUUAUCAUGAGAGAUUUUCGUCUUUGGACUCAAUUGCAUCGUCAUCAUCUGGAGUCUCAUCAAGCACACAAAACUUCACUUCGUCCAAUCAAGAGACACCGACUGAGUUUGGCAGCUUUUCAUCCCUUGGCAGUAAUCAGAGCUUGAUCACUGCUCAAGACAUCCAGCUUAUCAUCGAGGAAGCUGAUCCUCCACUUAAGACCCCCGAAGCCUUCAUUGUGGUGCUUCAGAGGGAGACUCCAGAGAGCAGCAUUGGUAUCACUCUGGCCGGUGGAUCAGACUACGAAGCCAAGGAGAUUACUAUUCACAAAAUCCUCACCAAUACUCCAGCAGCUAAAGAUGGACGUCUGAAGAAGGGUGAUCGAAUUUUGGCAGUGAAUGGCAUGAGUAUGCGGGGACUAACUCAUCGAGAAUCAAUUUCUGUUCUUAAGACACCUCGUCCCGAAGUAGUUCUCGUUGUCACCCGCUCUGAAUCGGUUAUAGUCAAACCGUUGUCCAAGAAGAGGUCCUCACUGGGUUCUUUGUCAUCGCUUACAGAAAAACCUUUGGUAGACAGCGCAGAAUUAGAACGAAAACGUAACUAUCACAAGGCAUCAAGAUCACUUGAUUUAGAUUUGGAUAUUGUAUCUAAUGAGGGCUCAUGUCCAAAACAAAGCACAUCGACCAGCCCACAACCAGUAGGGCCGGGGAGUUUUGAUACAACACCAACAACAACAAAGACUUUAUCAUCGGCAGCACUAAUUCGCACAAGAAGACAACAAUCACGGGGUGAUGCAUCCAAAUUGAGCACAAGUGAAUUACUCGAACGUGCUGCAGAGACAAGAAAUAUGUUGGCAGCGGAAAUCCGUUCACAAGAAGAGAACACAACCACCGGUGCUAGGACUGUAGAAAUAGUCAAGGACAGUUGUGGACUUGGCUUUUCAAUCGAAGGUGGCUUUGAUUCGCCAUUGGGCAACCGCCCAUUAAUAGUUAAGAAGAUUUUUAUGGGUGGUGCUGCACAAAAAUCUGGAUUGGUUAAGAACGGAAAUGAAAUUCUUUGCAUCAAUGGUGCAUCCACAGCAAAGAUGACCCGAGUUGAUGCAUGGAAUUACAUGAAGCAGCUCCCAAUGGGACCAGUCAAAAUUGUUUUAGCAUAAACUUACCAAUUAAAAAUUAAACAAAAAAAAUGUUAUUUCUUAAUUAUAUUUUAAUUAAAUCCUAAUUUAAAUUUUUUCAUAUAAAAUACUUACAAUUAUUAUUAUUUUUAUUAUAAAUAUAAUCUAAAUCUUA